UUCCAGACGUAAACAAAAAUAAAAAGAAAUUUUGUGAUUUUUCUACAAUAAACCCCUUUAGAAUAGAUUUCUAGCAGUAUUGUGACUUACAAGGACAUUUUCUCGCAUCAAAAGAAACUGAAGAAAUUGAGAAAAAAUGACACUGGACUCAACAAUGGUGUUGUCUGAAAAAAUGCAGAGCAAAAUUCAUCAGGAAUACAAAAUAUUGGCAGAAUUUAAAAUGCUACAAAGCGAAUGCAUUCCUGGUUUAUAUUUGAUUCCAUCAGCAGAAUCGUCAUUCGCCUGGUUCGGAGUAAUUUUCGUGCGACAAGGCCUCUACCAAGACGGAAUAUUUAGAUUUUUGAUUUCCAUUCCGCAGGAUUUCCCAAAUACAUCACAACCACCUACCGUAAUUUUUCAGAGUGAAGUUUAUCAUCCGAGUAUUUGCCCAUUUACAGGCACAAUGGACAUUUCCGAAGCCUUUCCCAAAUUCAGUUCGGACAACCAUUUAUGGCAAAUUGCCAAAUACAUAAUUUAUUUGUUCGAGUACCCAGAUCAAGGCAAAGUCGUCAACAAGGAAGCAUUUGAAGCGUGGACCAACAACAACGCCGAAUUCAUGGCAAAAGUGAAGGAAAGUGUAAAAAUGAGCUUAGAUAAGUUGUAUGAUCCGGCACCCACCGAAGACAAGCACUACAUAAAAUUUGACAAAUAUGAGAACGAAAUUCACGAUCCCGUUUUGGAAGAGAUGAAAAAUUGUGCGGAAGAGUCUCUGUAAAGGGAGAAAAAAAAAUUUUUCACGAAAAAUUAUGAAAAAAAAAAUUAAGAAAAGACUUGUAAGAAGCUCAAUCUACUCAAAUUACGUAGGAUUUAGAUGUCAUCCACGCUUUAGUCUGCUUUUCGUGUCUUUUAAGGAGUCCUGCUCCUCUUAGCUUUUCCCUUCUAAACAAAAUCAUGCAAUCAUCAAUGUAAUAAUAAUUUGUUAAUCUAGUCAUAAGAAUCGUUUUUAUGUUAAUUUUAAGGAAAAAAACACAUUUUGAUAUAUGAAUAUUUAUUACAAAGGCUUGAAUACAACAGCUUUGC